CGCUCACACAUGUUCCCACUGAGUCCAAACACACACACACACACACACAGACCGGAUACGCGCUCGGGCUGCUGUCGCCACGGAGAUAAAACAAUUAAGAAUAUUUUCAACGAAACCCGGACUGUGAUUUAAACCGAAGGCUAAAGUGUAAUAGAAUCCCCCUUCCCUCCCUCGUUCUCUGAGGACCCCCCCCCCUCCUCACUGAAGGCCCCUCAGAGGCUCCUGGAUGAACGAGUGGGGCCCCGACAUCAAUGUGGGGCCACUACAGCUCCCGCCCAACGAUGACUUCUGCCUGUCUGAGAGCGCACACCUGUUUGAUAUCCUGGUGGACCAAACCGGGCCUCUCCUGCAGGACUCAGACAUGUUGCCCUUCAGCAGUUGCCCGGGGAUGCAGUACCCGCCCAUGGACCCCCACAUGCCCUCCGCCCCCUCGCCGUACUACCCCGGGCACAACUACUGCCCCCAGUACGGCGGCGACGACUGGUUCCCCCACAGCACGGGGGUGUACGAGCUGAGGCGGGGCCCCCUGGAGGUCGGGUACGACGCGGAGAUGGAGGAGGUGCCCUCGGUGCCCCUCGUGUGCAAACGGAGCAGGCACAUGCAGGCGGGGCGCGUGAAGGGGGAGGAGCUGUGUGUGGUGUGUGGAGACAAAGCUUCAGGAUACCACUACAACGCUCUCACCUGCGAGGGCUGCAAAGGAUUCUUUCGCCGGAGCAUCACAAAAAACGCCGUGUACAAAUGUAAAAGUGGAGGGAACUGUGAGAUGGACAUGUACAUGAGACGGAAGUGCCAAGAGUGUCGCCUGCGGAAGUGCAAAGAGAUGGGCAUGCUGGCAGAGUGCCUCCUCACAGAAAUCCAGUGUAAAUCCAAAAGGUUACGGAAAAACACAAAGUCCUCGCCGGGGUCCGGAUCGAUGGGAGAAGAGGCGGAGGGCGAGCAAACAGACAGCAAACAGGUCACCUCCACCACCAAACCUCUCAAGGACAAAGUGGAGAUCACCAAAGAACAACACGCUCUGCUUCAGGUCAUUUUAAAGGCGUAUCAACGACACCAGAUCCCACAGGACGUCGCCAAGAAACUGCUCCAUGACCAGUACAGCCCCGAGGAGAACUUCCUGCUCCUGACAGAGAUGGCCACGAGUCAGGUCCAAGUCCUCGUGGAGUUUACAAAAAACAUCCCAGGGUUUCUCUCUCUGGACCAUGAGGACCAGAUCGCUCUGCUGAAGGGCUCGGCUGUGGAGGCCAUGUUUCUGCGCUCGGCUCAGGUCUUCAACCGGAAAACACCGUCUGGACACACAGAGGUUCUGGAGGAACGCAUCCGAAAGAGCGGGAUCUCCGAGGAGUUCAUCAAACCAAUGUUCAACUUUUACAAAAGUAUAGGAGAGCUGCUCAUGUCUCCAGAAGAACAGGCCCUCCUCACCGCAGUCACCAUCUUAACACCAGAUCGUCCGUACGUGAAGGACCAGGCGGCGGUGGAGCGGCUGCAGGAGCCCAUGCUGGAGGUCCUCAGGAAGCUCUGCGCCCUUCACCAUCCUCACGAGCCCCAGUACUUCGCCCGUUUACUGGGACGCCUCACCGAACUGCGCAGCCUCAACCACUACCACGCCGAGAUCAUCACGUCCUGGAGAGUCAACGAUCACAAGUUUACGCCUCUGCUCUGUGAGAUCUGGGACGUACAGUGAUUCUGAACAGCCCCGUUCACACACAGUCUCACCACAACCAGAACCGGGUCGUGUGUGAAUGAAACCAGAGCGGAUUGUCCUGCAUUUCUGAUUAGAGCCUGGCACCGAAACGUAGAAGGUUUGGUAAGAACUGGUACAGUUCAUUCAGUGGAGACUUUUGGUUCCUUGGUUUUAAAGGCCACAUUCAAUCAAAAAACAUUUGCCCAGUUGACAGAAUUGAAUAGGGUGACCAGAUUUUGAAAAUAAAAAACUGGUUUGUGGUGGUUGGUAAUAAUAAAAUAGUGAAACAAGUGCGUAAAGGAAAACUGCUCUGCACUCGGCCCGUUCAUGACGGGGUCAGUCUUAUCAUCAGAAGAGCCUCUAGUCAGAAAAUCCAUGUUCAGGUCGUGUUUUCAGUAGACCACAGAUCUUGUAGGGUAUUUUCCAGAUUUUCACCACAAAGUUAAUUUUUAUACGAACUUCCAAUUUUGUGAACAAAUUGAAAAUAAGAGGCCUUGAUAUUUUUAGCUCAGCUCAAAGUUUAUGUACUAUUUAGGCGUGUCAUAAAAAUGCUUCCUGCUCUGGGGAUCCCGCCUGGUCGUAUUGAAAAGGACCAACUGUAAGGCAUUUUUAGCUCAGCUUGUGAGCUGUAAACUCAAGCUGAGCUUAUGCAAUCACCCAUUGUCCCGCGUCCGUCCGUCCGUCUCUGUGUGUCCGUUAACCAUGGCUGGACAAAUCUAGACUGUUUGACUUACAGAGUCCAUAUGAAUGUCUUUACAUACUUUAGGGUAAAAGCUCUUUCCAGUUCUUGAAUUAUGUCACAGUGACUUUGUGGAUCUUUACAGGGCAAAGUUCACUUUUCCAAUGCAUUUCAGUGGGCACUAGAUUUGCUUAUAAUAUAAAGGAUUUUUACAACAAGAUCCUUUUCACUCACACACAAUUAUUAUCCCGACCAUGACCUUUGUCCCAUACCAGCCAUUUGACCUUGAUCCAUUUUCCAAGGUCACAGCAGCCAUUUCAAUUUUCACAUGGUCAAAAUUCAAAAGCCAGAAAAAUCCACUUUACUUCAUUACCUCCUUAACCCUGUUGCACCAAAACCCUGUCUCUUUAAAUGCUGUUUCUGUGCAUUUGUCUGUUAAUUCUCCUGAACGUGUGACCUUGACUUUUAGGUUUGCUAAUUUAUAAACAAAAUUGCG